AUGUCACUUAAUGUUAUGCAGAAUGAUCCCAGAUGUCGCAUUAUGUGGUGUGUAUCAAUUUUGUGUCUCUUCAUGCUGGCAAAUGGUGUCCAAUCAAAAGUCCUUCGUUCGGAAUCUUCAACCGUCGAUGCCAUAUGCCGCAACGUGGUGUAUUCCAUAACGCUUCUCAGUAAGCGACAGCUUCUGAAUCUUGUCGACAUUGACAAAUGUAAAGAUUACACACUCCUGGGAGAAGAUGUGUUGGCGUCGGCGGGCCGAGGGGACCACUACUGCUACAAGAAGGUUGCGCCUAUGCUUUGUGAAACUAAAUACUCACCCAGAAAGACGGUGCCCAACUGUGAGCAUAUUAAGUCAAAGUUCGUGUCGAUAUUGAAUUCAUGUAUGCAGGAGAACGACUCAGACGUGAGUGAAUGCAACUGCUCGGGGCUCAACUAUGAAACCCUGGCCAUCACUGACCCGCUAAUAUUUUGCAAACUAAGCUUUGUAUUAUCACAGGAUGGGGCACAAGUUUCCUUCAAGAGCAACGAGCUGGAAGAUUGCAAGUCUAUGGCUGAUAGCUACAACCAUUGCCAGAGCAUAGGAAAAGCGUUUCGCCAUCCGAAAUUUUGCAUAGAUGGCGGCUACCAGGGAUAUUGCAAUAGUAAUAUUCACAAUGUACACGAUGAAUCAUACAGCAAUCUGUGCAGGAACGUUGUGCUGCCAUUUAUCUUUUCCAUGAUGAAGGACGUUGAUCAGAAUCUAUCUCCCAAUUUGUGUAUGAAUACAGAUGAGCUUGUCGAAAAGAGUAUUUUAUCGAAACGCAAUGCCUUGAUGGACAAAAGCCAAAAGCUUCUAGACACUAUGGAUUCUGACUUCGCAUUCAAGUCGUGGAAGGUAGAUAUAGAACGCAAGAUUCAGAACUUAAAGUCUGACAUGCAACAAGUCCUCAAGUAUUUCAACUCUGCGACAAGAUACACAAACAGAUGGUUUGGAUUCUCGUAUUACUUCGACCCUCUAGUGAGAUCUGAGGCCACUAGGGCGUUGCAACUUUGCGAAAAAAUGCUAACGCGUGCUAAUGCGAUUUCCACCGAUAUAGAAAGCGUGACGUCUUUCGUGAAGAAGAUAGACCCGUUAUUUCAGCUUUGUGAACAAGUUCAAGAAACACUAAUUCAUUUCAAACAGUUCCACUCUUUGCUCUCAUCUGGUGCGCACAGCACCAUACUGGCGAGCAGCUAUUAUCGCCCAUUGGACCAGGCAACGUUCAAGCGCAUCAGCAGCUUGUUGAAUUCCGUCGGUGAGAUUGUAUCUCAACGUCUGUCUACGAUCGGCUCGUUGCUGGAUGCGCAUUUGGACAAGCGACAAAAUUCCGACGAGGAAAGUCGCGUGCACGCAUUAGUUGGGGAGAUGAAAUACCUAGCUACGCUGCAUGAAGCACAGAUCAUGUGGUUACUUCGGGGUCGGAAGCAGCAGUCAAGUCGUGCGUUCACGCGAUCCGUUAGUUAUCAACAAACUGCAAAAGAAGCAACCUGA